AGAAGAUGUGCUCCAGAGUCCCCCCCCGCCUGCUGCUGCCGCUGCUGCUGCCGCUGCUGGCCCCGGAACCUGGGGUGCAGGGCUGCCCACCCGGCUGCCAGUGCCACCAGCCACAGACGGUCUUCUGCACCGCCCGCCAGGGAGCCACCGUGCCCCACGACGUACCACCCGACACAGCGGGCCUCUACGUCUUCGAGAACGGCAUCACCACGCUCGAUGCAGCCAGCUUUGCCAGCCUGCCGGGGCUGCAGCUCCUGGACCUGUCACAGAACCAGAUCGCCAGCCUGCCCGCCGGGGUCUUCCAGCCACUUGCCAACCUCAGCAACCUGGACCUGACGGCCAACAGGCUUCGCGAGAUCACCAACGAGACCUUCCGCGGCCUGAGGCGCCUGGAGCGCCUCUACCUGGGCAAGAACCGCAUCCGCCACAUCCAGCCCGGAGCCUUUGACACGCUCGACGGCCUCCUGGAGCUCAAGCUGCAGGACAACGAACUGAGGGCACUGCCCCCGCUGCGCCUGCCGCGCCUGCUACUGCUUGACCUCAGCCACAACAGCCUCCCAGCCCUGGAGCCUGGCACCCUGGACACUGCCAACGUGGAGGCACUGCGGCUGGCUGGCCUGGGGCUGCGGCGCCUGGACGAGGGGCUCUUCAGCCGCCUGCGCAACCUCCACGACCUGGACGUGUCUGACAACCAGCUGGAGCGCGUGCCACCCGCCAUCCAGGGCCUGCGGGGUCUCACGCGCCUGCGGCUGGCGGGCAACACCCGCAUGGCCCAGCUGCGGCCCGAGGGCCUGGCCGGCCUGGUGGCCCUGCAGGAGCUGGACCUGAGCAACCUGAGCCUGCAGGCACUCCCGCACGAGCUGUCGGGCCUGUUCCCCCGCCUGCGGCUCCUGGCGGCCGCCCGCAACCCCUUCAACUGCGUCUGCCCCCUAAGCUGGUUUGGGCCUUGGGUACGGGAGAGCCAUGUGGCGCUGGCCAGCCCUGAGGAGACACGCUGCCACUUCCCGCCCAAGAAUGCUGGCCGACUGCUCCUAGACCUCGAAUAUGCUGACUUUGGCUGCCCCGCCACCACCACCACGGCCACGGCGCCCACCACGAAGCCCGCGGUGUGGGGCCCCACGUUCUCCCCCUCCAGUCCGGCUCCCACCUGGCUCAACCCCACAGAGCUGGCCACCGAGGCCCCCAGCGUGCCCCCUGUGGCCCUGCCCACGGUGGGGCCUCCCCCCAGGCCCCAGGACUGCCCAGCGUCCGUUUGCCUCAACGGGGGCACCUGCCACCUGGGGGUGCAGGGCCACCUGGAGUGCUUGUGCCCUGAGCUCUUCACGGGCCUGUAUUGCGAGAGCCAGGUGAGGCAGGGGCCCCCGCCCAGCCCCGCCCCAGCCACGCUGCAGCCGCCCCAGCCCCUGCCCCUGGGCAUCGAGCCGGCCAGCCCCACCUCCCUGCGCGUGGGGCUGCAGCGCUACCUGCAGGGCAGUGCCGUGCAGCUCAGAAGCCUCCGCCUCACUUACCGCAACCUGUCAGGCCCCGACAAGCGGCCCGUGACGCUGCGCCUGCCUGCUUCACUUGCCGAGUACACAGUCACCCAGCUGCGGCCCAACGCGACCUAUUCCAUCUGCGUCAGGCCUCUGGGGGUCGGGCGGCUGCCCGAGGGCGAAGAGGCCUGUGGGGAGGCCCGCACACCGCCAGCCAGCCGCUCCAACCACGCCCCCGUCACCCAGGCCCGAGAGGGCAACCUGCCACUCCUCAUUGCGCCAGCCCUGGCGGCCGUGCUCCUGGCUGCCCUGGCUGCUGUGGGGGCGGCCUACUGCGUGCGGCGGGGGCGGGCAGCGGCGGCUGUAGCGCACGGCAAAGGACAGGUGGGGCCCGGGGCUGGGCCCCUGGAGCUAGAGGGGGUGAAGGCCCCCUUGGAGCCAGGCCCCAAGGCGACUGAGGGCGGUGGGGAGGCCCUACCCAGUGGGCCGGAGUGUGAGGUGCCACUCAUGGGCUACUCGGGGCCUGGCCCCCAGGGGCCCCUCCCCACCAAGCCCUACAUCUAAGCCCGGGAGCGACAAGGCUGCUAGGCCGGGCUCUCAGCCCUGCUGGGAUCCGCCAGCGCCCUCCUGCUGCCAGACCAAGGAAGUUCUCAGAUCCCUAAUGGGAGGACACAACAAGAUCGCGGCUGUGUGACGUCGGCAAGACCCCGCCCCUCCGUCUCCUCAUCCAUGAGAUCCUGGAACCCAGGUGACCACCUCUAAGGUGCCCCAAGCCUGAGUGCCUACAAGGGUGGCGUUUGCCCUGUCCUCUGCAACGUACAACCCCUGGGGAAGGGUGGGGCGGGCCCUGCCGUGUGCUGGUAACACAGGCCCAGGGCUGCCAGGCCCCACUCCCAAGGAGACUGGGGGCCAGUGAAGGAAGCCCCCAGAAAGACAGCAGAGGGAGAGUGGGGCUGGGGAUGGGGCAUGUGGGUCAGCCUCGGCCCCAAGGAGCAAAGGAACAAAAGAAACUGGAAAGACAGACGCUUUAGGAACAUGUUUUGCUUUGGUUUUUUUAAAAACAUAUUUAUAAGAGAUUCUUUCCCAUUUAUUCUGGGAAAAUGUUUUUCAAGCUCAGAGACAAGGACUUUGGUUUUUGUAAGACAAACAAUGAUAUGAACGCCUUUUGUAAGAAAAAUAAAAGAUAAAAUG